CUGCGGAUCCCCGAGGUGCAGCGGAGCAGACAUGGUGUCCCCGGGUGCUCGGCUCCUGGCUGCGCUCCUCGUCCUGGGGCUGUGCGCCCUGGUGGAGGGCCAGAAGCCUUAUCCCUGCCAGUGCUCAAGGCUGAGCCCCCACAACAGGAAGAACUGCGGCUUUCCGGGGAUCACCAGCGAGCAGUGCUUCUCACAAGGGUGCUGCUUCGACUCCAGCGUCCCUGGGGUGCCCUGGUGCUUCGAACCCCUCCCGAUGCAAGUGUCGGAGGAGUGCGUCAUGGAGGUCUCCGAGCGCAGGAACUGCGGCUACCCGGGCAUCAGCCCCGAGGACUGCGCCUCCCGCCAGUGCUGCUUCUCCAACACCAUCCCGCGGGUGCCCUGGUGCUUCUUCCCAAAGCCCGUGACGGACUGUCACUACUGAGAGGUGCC